AUGUCGGAACGCACGCUUCAAGACACACUCACCCUCGCCAAUACGGCCAAGAUCCCGCAGCUUGGCUUCGGAGUGUACAAGUCUCCCGAGUCUGUAUGCACCAGAUCCUGCCAUACCGCCCUCGAAAACGGGUACCGCCACAUCGACACGGCGCAGUUCUACGGCAACGAGGCGCAGGUUGGGCGGGCGGUACAGAGCUCGACAGUGCCGCGCCAGGACGUCUACAUCACGACCAAGGUGCUUGUGGCCGAGGACUCGGUGGAGAAGACGCUGGAAAAGUGUGUUGACAGCGUCGCAAAGCUUGAUCCAGACAGCGGCUAUGUGGACUUGUUCCUCAUCCACAGCCCCAAUCCAGGCGCCGCAAAGAGGAAGGUUAUGUGGCAGGCCCUCGAGAAGCUGCAUGAGCUCGGAAAGGCGAAGAGCAUCGGCGUGAGCAAUUUCGGGAUCAAGCACAUUGAAGAGCUCAAGGAGUAUGCGACCGUGUGGCCACCACAUGUGAACCAGAUUGAGCUCCACCCCUGGCUGCAACAACGCGACAUCUUCGAGUAUUGCCACAACCAUGGCAUCGUCGUCGAGGCAUAUUGUCCUCUCGUGCGCAACACCAGAGCGGAUAACCCGACACUGGCCAAGGUGGCCAACAAGCACUCCGUCUCCCCGAACCAGGUUCUGGUCCGGUAUAGCCUCCAAAAGGGGUGGGUACCGCUGCCAAAGAGCGACACGCCUGAGCGCAUUGCCACCAAUGCAAACGUGUUUGGCUUUGCACUCGGCGAUGAAGACAUGGCGGUCUUGGACGGUCUCGACCAGGGACACGCGGGCGCGAUUGUGCAGCCCGUCGAUAAUUGA